GCCCCUCAGUGUGUAGGCUUGGAGACAGCUGGCUUGAGUGGAGCUGCAGCGGACCCACAGGCCCGGGAUGCAGGCCCUGGUGCUACUCCUCUGGACUGGAGCCCUCCUUGGGCAUGGCAGCUGCCAGGACACCGCAGGCGGUCAGGAGGAGGCCUCCCCAGCCCCUGACGGCACAGGGGCACCGCUGGAGGAGGAAGACCCCUUCUUCAAGGUUCCAGUGAACAAGCUGGCAGCGGCAGUUUCCAACUUCGGCUAUGACCUGUACCGCCAGAGGUCCAGCGCAAGCCCUGAGGCCAACGUGCUCCUGUCCCCGCUCAGUGUGGCCACGGCGCUCUCCGCCCUCUCACUGGGAGCGGAACAGCGAACCGAAUCCCUCAUUCGGCGGGCGCUCUACUAUGACCUCAUCAGCAACCCAGACAUCCACAGCACCUACAAGGACCUCCUGGCCGCAGUCACUGCCCCGCAAAAGAACUUCAAGAGUGCCUCGCGGAUUGUCUUUGAGAGGAAGCUGCGGAUAAAGUCCAGCUUUGUGGCGCCGCUGGAGAAGUCGUAUGGGACCAGGCCCAGGGUCCUGACUGGCAACCCUCGGCUGGACCUUCAGGAAAUUAACAACUGGGUACAGACCCAGAUGAAAGGCAAGAUUGCCAGAUCCACCAGGGAGAUGCCCAGUGACAUCAGCAUUCUCCUCCUUGGAGUGGCUUAUUUCAAGGGGCAGUGGGUGACAAAGUUUGACUCCAGAAAGACUUCCCUGCAGGACUUCCACCUGGAUGAGGAGAGGACCGUGACAGUGCCCAUGAUGUCCGACCCCAAGGCCGUGUUACGCUAUGGCCUCGAUUCAGAUCUCAACUGCAAGAUUGCCCAGCUGCCCCUAACUGGAAGCAUGAGUAUCAUCUUCUUCCUGCCCCUGAAAGCAACCCAGAACUUGACCUUGAUAGAAGAGAGCCUCACCUCUGAGUUCAUCCAUGACAUAGACCGGGAACUGAAGACCAUCCAGGCAGUCCUGAGCAUGCCCAAGCUGAAGCUGAGCUACGAAGGCGAGGUUACUAAGGCCCUGCAGGAGAUGAAGCUGCAGCCCUUGCUGGAGUCACCUGACUUCACCAAGAUCACAGGCAAACCUAUCAAGCUCACUCAAGUGGAACACCGGGCUAGCUUUGAGUGGAACGAGGAUGGGGCAGGAACUGGCCCCAGUCCGGAACUGCAGCCCACCCGCCUCACCUUCCCCCUGGACUACCACCUGAACCGGCCUUUCAUCUUUGUACUGCGGGACACGGACACGGGGGCCCUGCUCUUCAUAGGCAAGAUCCUGGACCCCAGGGGCACCUAAAGUUCCAGCACCCUACGAAACCCCAGAAGGGACGGCACAUUAUAUAUUACAUUAAGGCUGCCCUGGUGACGUUUCAAUGUAUACGUGCCAAUAAAAGAGCUUUAUCUUUCACUUU